AUUUACGAAUGUUGGUUGGGAAGAGAAAGUGUUUCGAAGAUGAGCCAAGCGAAGUACCUAAUAAAUUUAUUAGUUUAGACUAGAAAUCCUACCUUUGCUCUAAGAAGGCGUAUUACUUAGGAGAGAAAUUUAGAAACUUUAUGCUAGGCACGUAAAAGAAUUACUUUGUAUGUGAUAUUAAUUUAUUUAUUUAGAUAAAAUUUGGCGAUUAUUUAAGAGAAGUACCCUCAGAUUCAACAAUCAGACAUUUUGAGAUUAUUGGAGGAUUUCGACAACAAUGUUGAGAUGGUCUUUGAGAUUCUUGGGUAAAAGGCCUCCAUCCCACAGAAAUUCGAGAUUGGCGAUGCAGAUGUAUUGUUUUAAACAUAUAUAAUAGUUUGACAAUUACAAAAAGGCAUUAAAAGAGGAAUUACUCAAAAGGCUCUAGCAAUCAUAAAAUAUCCAGUCUGCUCAAUAAGUGAUAUAAUUAUGUUUUGACGCCUUCGAAUAAAAAUUAGGGGAGAAAUAUUAGUCGAAUGUAAAGUUUUAAUUAAGAAUUUAGACCCAGAGAUUGGAGGACGAGAACAAACUACUGAAGCAGGCAUUUCUAAAGUAACACAAGAGGAUUGAGAAAAUAAGGGUAGAAGCAGAAAAUAAAGAGAAAUAAAAUUAAAAUUUAAUUAAAUCACUCACUGAAGAAAAUAAACAAUAAUAAUAAAUUAAUAAUAACCUCACAAUAUUGUUAAUACAAGCUUAGCAAAAUAACACUGUUUCAACUAUUAAUAAUAUUAACAAUGACAUAUAUUGAGC